CUGGAGUGCGGAUAAAUUUUUACUGAGAGUCGUAUAGGAAUCUAUAAUCUAGUACUUUCGAAAAUACGCCGAGAGUAUUCCUGAUGGUGAAACGAGCGUUGCUUCAUCGAACGCAGCUAAAGAAAACAACAUCUAUGUAGUUGGUGGUACGAUGCCUGAAAUAGAGGGCGAUAAAUUGUACAAUACCUGUACUAUUUGGGGUCCCGAUGGAACUUUGAUAGCAAAACACCGAAAGGUACAUCUAUUCGACAUCGACAUUCCUAAUAAGAUUACUUUUCGAGAGAGUGAUUCACUCAGUCCUGGUAACUCCCUAACGACGUUCGAUGUGAAGGGCUGCAAAAUAGGUAUUGGCAUUUGCUGUGAUAUUAGAUUCGAGGAAAUGGCACGCAUUUAUCGGAACAAAGGUUGCCAAAUGCUGAUAUAUCCAGCGGCAUUCAAUAUGACCACUGGACCACUGCACUGGUCAUUACUUCAGCGUUCCAGAGCGAAUGAUAAUCAAUUAUACGUUGCCUGCAUAUCACCGGCUCGUGUUCCUUAAGCAAGUUACGUCGCAUGGGGACAUACACAGUUGACCAAUCCCUGGGGAAAGAUUCUUUACGAUUUGGAAACUCAAGAGAAUAUGGCAGUCACCGAUAUCAAAAAAAAAAAGAAAAAAAAAAAAAGAAAAAAAAAUUUCAACAAAUAAAUAAAUAAAAAAAAAAGUCACCGAUAUCGGUAAUUUACAGCUUAAAAUUAAAAGCGAGAGAUCCAUGAUGUAAUUAAUUUUUAGUCUCGUUAAUUUAUCGAUUUAGCCAUCUUCCUCUGUAUUUGUUGAAUUUAUUAGUAAGCAUUACUUAUUACUUCGUAUGUUUCUUUUUUCUAUCAGAUCUAAAAGUUGUUGAGGAAGUAAGGGCUCAGAUACCUACAUUUUCUCAGAGACGUACAGAUUUGUACGACACUGUCUGUAAGAAGGAGUAACUCUACACUAAAACAGAAAAUGUUUUUUUAUAAUAUUUCUACUACGAUAUCCUUUUUUGUGAAUUAUUACUAAUUUCUUAUCAUCCAUUUCUUGUAAAUAUAUUAUAUCACGAUAUUACAGAUAUAUACAUAGAUAUACACGUUAAUUAAAUCCUCUAUAUGGUAUUUUUAUAUCAGUGUCAUAAACAUUGUAAACCGAAAAUCUUCUAUUACACGCGUACAUAUACAGUCAAUAUUAUUGUUACAUAUAGUGAUACAUACGUUGAUCCACACAUUAAUUAAAUCCUCUAUAUGCUAUUUCUACUUUGCUAUCUUGAAUAGAUAAAUAACAUGUCGCUUCCA